AUGGCGGCGAACCUCGAGGACGUGCCGUCGGUGGAUCUCAUCACCGAGGUGCUCCGCCGCGCCAAGUGCAGCUCCAAGCCCGACAAGCGCAUCAUCCUCGUCGAUUGCUCUAUGCUCGGGCAAUAUGACAAUGUGACAUGUAUGAAUUCUGUAGGUCCACCUGGCUCUGGAAAGGGUACGCAGUCGCCCCUUAUUAAGGAUGAAUACUGCUUGUGCCAUUUAGCCACUGGUGAUAUGCUGAGAGCUGCUGUUGCUGCUAAGACUCCUCUGGGGAUCAAGGCUAAAGAAGCUAUGAACAAGGGAGAGCUUGUUUCAGAUGACUUGGUUGUUGGGAUUAUCGAUGAAGCCAUGAAGAAACCCUCAUGCCAGAAGGGUUUUAUCCUUGAUGGCUUCCCUAGAACUGUUGUUCAAGCACAAAAGCUUGAUGACAUGCUGGCAAAGCAAGGCGCUAAAGUUGACAAGGUUUUGAACUUCGCAAUUGAUGAUGCAAUAUUGGAAGAACGAAUUACUGGCCGCUGGAUACACCCAUCGAGUGGCAGAUCUUACCAUACAAAGUUUGCUCCUCCGAAGACUCCUGGAGUUGAUGAUGUUACCGGAGAGCCCUUGAUUCAAAGGAAAGAUGACACAGCUGCGGUUUUAAAGUCAAGGCUUGAGGCUUUCCAUAUGCAAACCGAACCUGUGAUUGACUACUACUCCAAGAAUGGCUUGGUGGCAAAUCUUCAUGCGGAGAAACCACCAAAGGAAGUGACCGUUGAGGUGCAGAAAGCCCUUUCAUGA